AUGAAAGUAGACGACUUUGUAGCUCAGACAAAAACUCUCGCCGGACAUAACUUGGAACCAACGCCGUGGCACAUCUUCCCUCGCAAAGCUUUCAGCGAAGGCACGAAACAUUCUCAGGCUUACCGAAUCCUCCAGUGCUCCUACUUCUCAUGUCCGUACACCUCCGUCGUCGAACCAAAGAGCCUCCUGUCGGAUUCCGGGUCGAGUCGUCGAACCCAACAACCGCAAUGCCCAGACGUUUUCAGGUUUGUCGGAGCGAACCAACUCCACCGGUGGAUUCACCGGGACUUAGAGCCAUGGGCAGAGACAGGGGUGACUAAAGAGCACGUGGAGAAGGCGAAAGCGAAUGCUGCGUUUCGAGUGGUGAUACUAUCGGGAAAGCUGUACGUGGAUCUCUAUUACGCGUGUGUGCAGAGCAGAAUGAUGUUCACCAUUUGGGGUAUUCUGCAACUGCUCAACAAGUAUCCAGGGAUGGUUCCUGAUGUCGACAUGAUGUUUGACUGUAUGGACAAACCUAUCAUCAACCGGACCGAGCACCAGUCGUUUCCCGCUCCUCUUUUCCGAUAUUGCACCAACGAAGCUCAUUUGGACAUUCCUUUUCCUGAUUGGUCCUUUUGGGGCUGGUCGGAGACAAAUCUAAGGCCGUGGGAAGAAGAGUUUGGGGAUAUAAAGCAAGGGUCUAGGAGAAGUAGCUGGGACAACAAGCAACCUAGAGCUUACUGGAAAGGGAAUCCCGACGUUGUUUCGCCUAUAAGAAUGGAGCUGAUGAAAUGUAACCAUUCACGGUUAUGGGGAGCACAGAUUAUGCGCCAGAACUGGGAAGAAGAAGCCAAAGGUGGAUUUGAACAAUCCAAGCUCUCCAACCAGUGCAAUCACCGGUACAAAAUAUAUGCAGAGGGUUACGCGUGGUCGGUAUCACUAAAAUAUAUCUUAUCAUGUGGUUCCAUGACGCUCAUAAUCUCACCAGAGUAUGAAGAUUUCUUCAGCAGAGGCCUCCUUCCCAAGGAAAACUACUGGCCUGUCUCUCCCACUGAUCUAUGUCCGUCCAUAAAACAUGCCGUGGACUGGGGCAAUGCCAACCCCUCUGAUGCCGAAAGAAUAGGAAAAAGAGGACAAGGUUACAUGGAGAGCAUUAGCAUGAACCGUGUUUAUGACUACAUGUUUCAUCUCAUCACUGAGUACUCAAAGCUUCAGAAGUUCAAACCGGAGAAGCCGUCUUCGGCUAAGGAGGUCUGUGAAGGAUCAUUGCUUUGCUUCGCAGAGCAGAAAGAGCGGGAACUACUGGAAAGAUCCAGAGUUGUUCCUUCUCUGGAUCGACCAUGUAAACUUCCAGUUGCAGAUAGGGAUAGGCUUGAGAGGUUGAUCCAACAGAAGAAGAAAACAAUCCAAGAUGUUCGAUACAUGGAGAUGACGAGAACAGAGAGGGGUUCCAGAUAA